AUGGGCUGCCGGUUCACUAUAGAGCUGGCCAUGGUCCAGAUUGCCAUCUCUAAUCUAAGACCCUUGGAGGCCGGAAGCGACGUUAUGAUGACACUUCCGUCUCUGCUAGAUAUUUUUUUUUCUUUUCUUUUUUUUUUUAUAUUACGCAGUGCUGAUAAAUUAUUUUUGUGUAUUUUAGCAGACGGAGUGCUCGAUCUGUCCACUAAGAAGAGUCCAUGUUCUGGUAGCACACAUUCAACCAUUUCUCCAAGUACCUCAAAUGCUAUAGGGAAUGGCACACAGAAAACAGAGGGAAAAGCCGUAGACCCCUGCAAUUCCACAAGUUUAACACUGGAAAAGUUCAUGGUUAAACUGUGUGCACAUCAUCAGAAGCAGUUUAUACUCGUAUUAAAUAGUUUGUGCACUGAAGAGCUGUUCGUGAAUUCCAAGAGUCAAAGUGCCUCUAUUUUGGAUGUCAAGACCGCGAACGUAGAAGACGGUAGCCAUUGCGUCCCUGACCGGUGUACAAGGGAAAUGAGUAUCCAACCAACUAGCAUUGAGGCCUCCAUAGAUACUGCUUCGGUUUGCGCCGACGUGGACAACUUUCCAAAGGAAGAGGCACAGACUAUAGAGAUUUUAAGACCUCCAGUUCAGUUGGGUGUCUCGGAAAAUCCCGUCGCAGAGAUUACCUUUUUUCAGAAAUGUUCUCACUCCACAAACCAAGAAGAAAAUAUUGCAAAGAACCAUAUCUUACACCUUAAGCCGGCCGAGGAAAACUCUAAAUUGCUGCAGUCCGUUGAAACCGAGUGCUCGAAAAAAACGGAACCUCUACAGACUGAGUUUUCAGAUUGUUGCGUUCUCGCGCACAGUAACUUGAAAUUGACUCCAGUAACCGGUGCUCAGGAAGCCGAAUUUCUCAUUAACCUACCUAAAUGUGCGGACAAGGAAAACCCGCAGUGCGUCAGCCCCAGGCAGACCAUUCUGGAGAAAGGAGGCGACUGUAAAUUAAAACAAAAUUCUGUACAAGCUGUAGUAACAAAGCUUGGAAAUCAUUUAAACCCUUACGAAAGUUUUCAGACUCUCAGUGAGAACUCUGUGGCUUCUUUACAUAAAAUCCGAUCGCACGAAAGUAUGAAGCAUUCGAAAACUGCUAAAAGAUGUAAAAAUAUCCCUAGCUUGAGAAAAAGUGAUUGUGAUAACCAGUGUGAUGUAGUUUACAUUAGCGAACCAAUUGCCGCGCAAUACCACUUUGCCACAUCGGGUCUCUGUUCGCGAAGCACGGCGAGGAAAAGCACCCGGGGUUAUCUUUUUAAUGAUGAAUGCUAUCAGUUGUCCGCUGUUCGUUCGUUGGUCAGAAGCGUCAAAGUUGAGGACAAAGGGAAUUGCGCAUUACAUUUUUCCGAAGCAUUAAUUACCCCCGAUGGAGUUAACACAGAAACACUACCUCUUACUGAUAUCGUAUCAUUGGAACAUUCAGAAGAGACCUGUAUGAGUAUAGGUACUGGAAACUCCCUACCGCAAAAUAUAAUCCUGGACCCACCUAUAUUGAAAGAAUCCAGUAACGCUGAUGAAAUUUCAGGUAUGGUGGAACAGUCGGUGACUGCAAAACCAGACUCUUUGCUUGCUGUUUUCUCUGUUACACAUGAAAAUCCAUCCUUCUCAGGAACCCAUCCUGCAAAUGAAAAUUUGCAAAAGAAACUUUCCGAGAUCACGGUGAAGCAAGAGGAUAUCCCAAUGGAUGUCGGCAAUAUUCACGAAGAGAAGCUUCCAUCUGAAGUUGCCUACGCUAGUGCGUCUGUUAACGAGGAAAAAAAUGCAACCCUAGAUGCGGGCUUAACUGUGUCUUUAGAAGAUGAGACUUUGCUUUCUGAUCUUAAUAAUGUGAAAGAGGUAGCUUCUAAUGAUUUGUUUUCUCAGGAGCCAACCGUUAAACAAAAUCAUGCUCCUUUCGAAAAUCCAAGUGUUUCCCCGUCUAUUAGCUGUUCCGUAUUUCCACCCUCAAGUGAAAUUGAAAAUGGCGGGAUGGCACCUACUACUCCCAAUUGCUUCCCAUGUCAAACAAUUUCUAAGACUCUUGAGAGUUCGGUAACGAUGUCUGAAAGGCUUGAACUUUCACCUGCACAUUUAAGUUCAGACACCGUUGCAAAUGGCCUAGUGGAAAAAUCUUUUGAAGACCUGAGUUUUGGUGCUGUACAAAAAAAUUCAGAUUAUUCAAAUCAUGUGAAUAUUUUGGGAGAAGAUAUUACAGAGAAGACUGUCAAAGACAGUUCAGUUGUUACAAGUCCAAAGAAAACGGAGCAUUUUCACAAAGUCUACGAAGAACAAUAUUCUGAUAAAUGUUCUGUCCACGUGGAAUCUGUAGAAUUAAAAAAUGUAGAAACUGCAGAGCCUUCAGACGUAAUAAAUUGCUCAAAAACCGAAAACCAUGUUGAUAGGAUCUCAGCUGAAGAUGUUCAUCGUCUUAUAGAUACGUGUGCUAAAAUCUGUGAGCCGAGUGACAUCCAUCUCAAGGACGGGUCCAUCACAAAACAAGAUGUCCAGCAGUGUCCUUCUGUUACUUCAUUCGAACGUGAAAAUAAUGGCAACGAAGAAAAAUCUUUACAAACCAAAGAAAUUAAUGGAGAAAUGCAUUCUAAUGGAGCCAGCCUAGACAUGUUGGACAGUCUUUUUCCAAGCGAUGAUAAAAUUCCAUCUCCGUCAAAAAGAAAGCUUAAAAAGCCUCUCAUCCCUUCAGACAGACAUCUUAGAAGGCGAGAAAGCCAAUCCGAUGAAUGCACAAAGAAACAAGCUUCUCUCCACAUUCAGAUUUCUCCAUUUUCAAGCACUAAAUCAUCUCGUAGGUCUGUGGAGUUCAGUACUGAAUGUGCUGCGCAGUUGACAAAAAUUAAUGCAAAUUUUGAAGAAAGCCUUGAAGACAAAAAUUGCAUUGUGCAAGUUUUAAGUGAUCAGUUUGACGAAGGAAAAGCAUUACUUUCUGAAAGAAUGUUCAAAAAUACAAUUUCCUCUCCUCAAAAGAAGGUAGAAAACGUGAGCGUGAAUUUCGAAAUAAGCUCCGAUCAGAGAAAGGUGUAUCUUUGUUCAGAAAUCAAAAAAUGCAUAAAGGUUGAAGUUGAAGAAAGUAGUGGAAGUCAAGGCAGUUUAAAUUAUUGUUCAUUUGAAGUCGAAAAAGGUAGUAAGCAGGUUCCAGCACCUACAUCGCCUUCCCUUGCUCGGACCAGGAGUAAAACUAAAUGUGUCGCAUUAAACCCAUUGACAGAGCAUGAAGAGAAGCCUAAUAAAGCUAAUUUAUUGGACCACCUCUCUGAAGAAAAUGAGAAGAAACCUAUUGUGUCUACAAACACAAAACGUUCUUUACGUAGUUCAAAAGGCAAAGAAAUGUUUAGACCAAAAUUUAUGGAUUGGUGUUUUGAGGAAGAAAGCCAACAACGUAUCUCCAGUUUCAAUACCAGAUAUUCUUCCGUUCACAAUAACUGGAUUUCAGUGGAGAGAGAUGCGACGUUUGGGUCAAAGUCUAAAAACAAAGCGGACAAACUAAAAGAAAUCUGGAAAAGCAAAAAAAGGGUGCGAAAAACCAGAACCCCGGAGGAGACGCAGAGAUGCUCUCCGGUGCAAAUGCUUUUUAUGAACUCUUUUAAAUUAUCUGACAUUUGUAGAUGGUUUUUGGAAACGACGGAAACAAAAUCUUUGGUGAUCGUGAAGAAAAUAAAUACCCGUAUCCCCGAAGAGCAUCAGCUCCCGGUUCCACCAAUACAGAAGUACUCGAAGCAGAGUUUAUAUCCUUAUACGCUGCAAGCCGAACGUUUGAAAAAAUACCUGAAGAAAUUUGCUUCUGUGUACCCGGCACGUAAUGAUGCCGAAACCCAAAACGCACUCGGCAAAUUGGACAACAAAGCGCAGCUUGCUGAGACUUCAAAAAUAUCAGUAAAAGGUGCUGGUGACUCCAGGUCCUCGGGAGCAAAAGUUCACGCCAAUAAAUCUGCUAGUGCCCACAUCCUCAGAAAGCGCAAUAAUUUUCAAGAAAAAUUACAUCCUCCAUCUGCACCACUCAAUAAAAAACACAAAGCGGCCAAGAUGCAAAAUUCGGGAGCAAACUCAGGCAUUGCGCAAAACAAUAAAAAAACUAAUUCACAGACUGCAGUAGUCUGUAAACUACUUGUAACCGACGAAAAGCAGAAGGCUAGAAAACGUCCCAAAGAUGACCGGUUAGAAAAGGACGAUGUACCGACCAGUAAAAGAAGAAAGACGGAAAUAAAACAAGAGCCGGAUAAAAAUAGGCAAAUUUCCGGCAAAAAUGCACUACCAACAACAAAAAAAACAGAUCGUAAAGUCGAAAGAACAGAGGCGGCGUCGAAACUCCGGGCUCCGAAAAAACAAGAGGUGAAAAAAGCUCAAGCGGGCAAGGCAGCGAGUUUAAAGAAAGGGAAAACAAAAACUGCUAUGCAAAAUAAAUCCGUCAAAACGCCGCUUGCCGUACGGAAGUGUCAGACCAGAUCAUCUAAACUGCGGCCGGCUCCCCCAGUUCUGUCAGAACAGAGAAUCACUAGGGCGUCACAGCCGUGGAUGAAGGAAUUUCAUAGGAAGUCGUGUAGCGGGUCAAAAACGGCAAGCAAAACUCCGCUUCUGGAGAAAAGAAAAAGCAGAUCACAGACAGACUCUUCUUCCACGCAAAGCAGGAGAUGAUCACUUGAAUUUUUAAUUGAGAAACUCAAAAUGGUUACCUGUGUUUUUUUUUUUUUUUUGUUGUACAGUUUUAACUUGCAUUAAUUGUGAACUUUUUGUUGUGUUUUUUUUUUUUUAACUGUAGCAAACCUACCGUUAACCAUGCUAUUGUAGGAAUCAUGAAGCUUGGGGUAUGGGGAAGGGAAGUGUAAAGUCUUGGGGUCUGAUUUUUCUUUUUUUUGGUGCUCAAAGUAAGUUAUUGUGUUUUUAUUUCUUUUAAAACCGUGAAUGUUGUUAAAAAGUACAGUGCCUUAUUUAUCUUUUUUUUUUUUUUUUUUAUCUAGAAGACCCGUAAUUGUGAUAAGCAUUGCAUUUUUUUAAUACUUGAUGCACAAGCACUUGUACUGUAGCAGAAAUCAGGCACACCUAUGUUUGCUUUUUAUUCCAACGGCUUUCCCCCCACCCUUUUUUUUUUUAUUAUUUUUAACACACACACAGACACACAAAAAAAAGUUUGUUUGCUAGAAUUAAUAGGAAACUUAUGAGUUAAUUUUGUUAGAAAUCGCGGGCUUCCGUUUUUCAUCCAUACUUCCAGUUUUAAGAUGGACUUGCUGUGUAAGCAGCCAUUUUGUGAGCUCAACCAAUAGUCUUCAGGAUAUAGUCUUUCCGUAUGUAACUGCAAUGUAAUAUAGACUUUUCUGUAGUUAUAAAAGUAACAGAGGUGGUGGUAUCUUUGCUUGUCGCAGGUUUGUAUAGAAUUUGCAGGCUUACAAUAUUUUUUCAUUCAAUGGCUUGACUAUGCCGGGUUUGAGGGCAAAUAUCAUGAGAAUUGAUGUUCUGUUAAAACCAAUAUUGCAAAUUCUUGGUACAGUUUUUGUGUUCCAACACCAAAUCAUUUUAUUAUAUUAUUAGGUUCUUUCUUUGUGUUGCUGUCGAACUCUCGGGUUGCACAGGUCUUAUGGCUUCCCCCACUGUGUCCUGUUGUGCUUGGGCAACUAGAGGCUUUGUUGGUCAUGCGACUUGCAAGAGCUGAUCUUCUAAGCCAAGGGUGUGAAAUUCAAUUUAACCGCGGGCCGCAUCAGCAUUAUGGUUACCCACAAAGGACCCGGUUGUAUCUUUAAGUCUAGAUGUCCACCCCUCCUUACAUCAUGUCAAGAGGGGCCGGUUGUAUCUGGAAGACCUAGAUGUCCACCCCUCCUUACAUCAUAUGUCAAGUGGGGCCGGUCGUAUCUGGAAGACUAGAUGUCCACCCCUCUUUACAUCAUAUGUGUGGCCGGUUGUAUCUGGAAGACUAGAUUUCCACCCCUCUUUACAUCAUAUGUGUGGCCGGUUGGAUCUUGAAUACUAGAUGUCCACCCCUCUUUACAUCAUAUGUCAAGAGGGGUCGGUUGUAUCUGGAAGACUAGAUGUCCACCCCACCUUGCAUCAUGUCAAGAGGGGCUGGUCAUAUCUGGAAGACUAGAUGUCCAACCCUCCUUACAUCAUAUGUCAAGAAGGGCCAGUUGUAUCUGGAAGACUAGAUGUCCAUCUCUCCUUACAUCAUAUGUCAAGAGCCCCCCACCAACCGAGAUCAAGAGUCCCCCACCCUCCCCUACAUCACAGUGUACCCCCUUCCCUUGUUCUGUGGGAGAGGUGCGAGGGCCACAUGAAAAGGCCUGGUGGGCCUUGUGUUUGACACACAUGUUCUGGGCAGGCUUUAUUUGCCCUAGUUCUGAUAGCAUUAUAGCUGCUGGACUUGUGCCUGGUCUUCUCUAAUGGCUGCAGAAGUUCAUUGUAAUUAAGCAGCUAGGAAACGUCAAUGUGGAAUCCUCUAAAGAUGUUUUUUGUAAGCUGUUGUCCAGGCAGAAAAAAAAAAAUAGAAGCAAGUGCCCCAGCCUUCUUGUUGAGGACCUUCCUUAUGCUAAGGAGGUUGGUCACCAAAGCCGGCUAGCUGUGCACUGGGUGACCAGUUCUUAAAGCCAGCCCUCCCCACCCACACCCACCAGUAAUCCAACCCAGCUCUACAAGGCACAACCUACUCUACAUAGUUUCCUGCAAAUUUCUCCUUCCUGCAGCGAUGGAACCCAAGGUUCAGGGUAGCGGGAGAAGACCUCACCCAAUAAUGAGCAUGGUUUAGGGGGUUGGCUAACCAUAAAAAGAGGGAGUGGAAAUUGGCUUUUACAAAUAUGAAAGGAUUUGACUUUUAUGUAAUGUCCUGACCGGUAAAUCCCACAGAGCAGCUGUAUUCCCUUACUGGUUUAAUAAAGGAAAUACACUUUUUAAUCUGGUCCAGAUCAAGAAAACCGAAAGCCGGCCAUACGUGGAUCAAAAUUCAGCUGCUUCAGCAGGGGCUGGUUCGAAUUUCGAUCCAUGAAUUAGAGGCUGAUUGUACCCAAGUCGAUCCUUUGGAUGCACCCAAGCCCCGCCUCCCUGCAUUCCCAGGCACCAAAGCGGUAGUAAAAAGGGCCCCCCCUGCAGGUUCAAGUCAUAUGGAACUAGUAUGCACCGCCUACUAGCAAAUUAUGACAGACUUACCUGGACACUGAGCUCUCCACCGCAGCGUUGUCAUGGCCCCCCGGCGAUGCCAACUUCACCUGGUCUUUCAUCCUGAUUUGCCAGGUCCGGCUGUAUGAGUGAACCGGGGCCACAAAGACGUCACUCCAGAGCCCUUGGCUCCGACAUGGAGUUCUGUAGGUUCAGCACGAUAUGCUGUGCCUUCGUAGCGCACACGCCAGUGAUGUCAUCGGCUGCAUAUUGUGUGACUAUCUCCUGAACAGGGCAGGUUUAGGAGAUAUUUACUGCCUUAUUAUAUAGGCUUAUCUUGUAGGUCCAAGUUCAAAAGUAGAGCAUGCCGUAAUCCGAGGGAGGGGUGGCCUUAGCACCCUCCAGCCUGCUUCUACAAUAAUAAUGAAGACCGUAUUUUUGGUGGGGCUAAUGCACAAAAACUGUAUUAACGAACUGCAUCCCAACAUUCUAAUUCACAGCAUAUACAUUUUUUUUUCGUGUCUUAUCAUGAUAACCACCCUUUAAGUGAUUGCUUUUUUUUUUUUGCUUUUUUUUUUACUUAAUUUUUUUAUUUAAUCUUCUAUUUUUCCUGAAAUGCAUUUAAAAAAAAAAACACAGGCUUGUCAGGUCACGAAUCCUCAACACAAUAUGCAUCUAGGUCACAGAUAUACUAUUUAUAUAACAACUAAUUUGCACUCAUUGGAACAUUGAAUUUGCACAAAUGAACUGGUAAAUUUUAAACUUUGUGUGUGCGUGUGUGUAAGCAUUAACUUGUGUAGAUAAAACUUUUGUGAAACUUUUUUUUUUUUUGUAAAAAGCACACAUUUUUAAUCUCUUGCAUCAGGAAAGGUGGUUUGUGAUUUUUUUUGUUUUUCCUUUUUUUUUUUGUUUUCUUUUUUUUUUGUUUUUUGUUUUUUUUACAACUUUGUAAGAAUUAUGUAAUUGCAAUAAUGUCAUUUUUUUUAAAUAACUGAGGUAUAAUUGGAAAUCCAAAAAUUGGAAUUCUACUGAAAAGUCAUUUUUUUUUAUCCAGUGGGGAGUUUUGUACUGUUCAGUUUUCACGAAUCAUUAGCAGGGAAGCGGAAACAACGCACGUUGCUGUCAUGUGAUACCUACUCUGCAAUCCUUUUGCGGGUGACGUUUGCACUGAGGUUUUAAAAUUGUUAUUAUUAUUUUUUUUUUAGAAAUCUCAUUUUUGCAUAAUUUGUAUUCCAGUUUUGAUUAAAUGGUUUUCAGGUCUGUUGAAAUGAAUUGAUGAAAAAACAUAUCAAAAUUUUAUGUAAUUCUCAUGAAAAAAAAAAAUGGGUUUUGCUAAA